GUGAAAUGUAAGAGGGGAAUAAAGUAGUCGCGGGAAGAAGAGGUGGCGCGCCCAAGUAGCGGCGCCAAAUCCAGACCUCAUUCAUAAUCGCAACGCAAAGCCCAAACAAAUCAGUUCACACUGCCACUUCCACUUCCACUUCCACUUCCUUCCCACACCCGUGUGCGCACCAAACUCUAGCGGCGAUCUUAUCCGGUGAGCCACACCCGCUGAUACCAAAUUCCCCGCUUCCCCUUCCUGCCUCUUUGCUCACUAUUUUCACAAACCCUUCUGUAAUUCCCCUCCUCUCUUCCAUGGAGGAAGGCCUCCAACGCCCCAAUUUCGCCCCCUUUUAGUCGCCUUCUCGUUUACUCACAUUCCUUUUUUCAGCUCAUUACACAGAUUAGGCUGCAUUUUUCUACGUCGUUUCUGCAAAAAAAAAAAACCCAAAUCAAUGGCUGGUACGUUCAAUCCACAUAUUUUGGUGGACAAGCUAGCCAGGCUCAACAACUCACAGGCGAGCAUCGAGACUUUGUCCCAUUGGUGUAUAUUUCACAUGAACAAAGCUAAGCAAGUUGUAGAAACAUGGGAUAAACAGUUUCAUUGUUCUCCACGCGACCAGAGAUUGGCCUAUCUGUAUCUUGCAAAUGACAUUCUGCAGAACAGUAGGCGAAAGGGCUCGGAGUUUGUUGGUGAAUUUUGGAAAGUCCUUCCUGAUGCACUUCGUGAUGUAAUUGAGAAUGGGGAUGAUUUUGGAAGAAACGCUGCCCUACGACUGAUUGGCAUUUGGGAGGAGAGAAAAGUUUUUGGAUCUCGAGGGCAGAGUCUUAAGGAAGAGAUAAUGGGAAAGCAUACGGAAACUGGUAACCGAAAUGGGAAGCAAGUUAGCGCUAAACUGAAACAAUCAGGCAGCAUAUCAUUGGAUAAAAUAGUUUCUGGUUACCAAGUUGUUUUUGGAAGUGAGGUAGAUGAAGAUGUAGUACUAAGCAGAUGCAGCAAUACUAUUAGUUAUCUUGAGAAACUGGACAAAGAAAUUGGCGCUGAUGUCAAUUCAGGGCAAUACCAUGGAACUUCAAUUGCAGAGGAUCUGCGGGGACAUCAUACCAUUUUGAGGGACUGCAUUGAACAACUAAGAGCAAUUGAAACAUCAAGGGCGAGUCUCGUGUCUCAUCUGAGAGAGGCUCUUCAAGAACAGGAAUUCAAAUUGGAGCGAGUCAGAAAUCAACUUCAGGCUUCCCAGUCCCGGUCGGAACAAACUCAGAAUCUCUGCCCUCAAUUUCUAAACGGUGAAAAUGUGCAACCUGUGACUGAGGGGGCCUCCAAAGAUGCUCAGUCCUCAAUAGCACCACACGGCCUUGUACCGAGGGAGAUAGAACAAUCAACGCCAGUAAUGUAUGCAGCCUCAUUACCUUUUCCUGCAAAACCUGCACCUAUUGAGGAAGAUCCCCGCAAGUCUGCUGCUGCUGCAGUGGCAGCAAAGCUAACUGCAUCGACAUCCUCGGUUCAGAUGCUCUCUUACGUCCUAUCUUCCCUGGCAUCGGAGGGCGUAAUUGGAAAUCCAAAUAAAGAGUUAUCUUGUGAUUAUCCAUCUGAGAAGAGGACCAAACUUGAAAAUGACCAGUCACCCUACGUAUUGCCUCCGAAUCCACAGCAGCCACCCGUCUCUUCCUUCCCACACCCGGAGUCUCUCCAACGUAAUGCCUCAUCGACCAGUCAACCAUACACUCCUCCUCCCCCAUCAUCAUCUCCCCCGCCGAUCCCUCCGUUACCUCCUGUAGUGCAGUUCACACAGAAUGUUGGGUCAGUAAGUAGCAUGCCUUUCAGUUACACUAUGACACAAUCAUUGCCACCAUUAGCGAAACCGGGCUAUCCGAAUGUAGGUGCCCCAGUGGCUGGGAUGUCUCCUUUUACAAUACCAACAAAUUCUUACCAGAGUUUUCAGGGUUCAGAUGCCAAUUUCUAUAAUCAGACUUCAUCAAUGCCGAUGGCACCAGUUUCUAGGCCAUAGAGCUGUGUAAUACUAGUCUUACUUCACCUAUUUGUGCUAACAAAUCUUUAAGGAAGUGAUGCUUCCCAUUAAGGCCUAUGAGGAAAUCUUGCGUCCUCGUGUGCUCCUUAAGUUCUGACCACAUAACUAAAUGGAUUUUGCACAUAGUAAUAGUUUGUAAUUUAACUUCAUUUAAUAAUGUAAUGCUUAGAGUCUGGAAAAGUAAGUCA